CUUUAUUGACCUUCUAGAGUACCCCUUUUCUUUCAUGGUAGACCUUCUAGAACACAUAAAUACUUAAAUUUUUUGUCUACAGGAGAAAGGAAAUCCGUGGGGUUCAAACUCGUUAGCCACAGAGAACACCAAUGCCAUAUGCAUUGCAUCCAAUUCUUAUGCUGUUUAGUUCCCCCUUCGCUCUCAUAGUGAUCCGCUCCCUGAAUUUUUCUUCCCUCCUCAUUUCCUCUUUGUGAGGAGAAUUUUGGGGGUACAUUUUCUGGUUUUUGUUUUGCUAGAUGUCUGGUUGAUACCUGGUUUAGAUACAUUUCUAUUUUGCCGUUCUCAGCAAGUAUCUGCUUCUGGAGAAGUGAUACUUGGAAAGAAUGGCUAAUGGUAGAAGAAAGAAGCAGCAAUUGGGCAGAAUACAUUCCUUUUCUUCUGGGAAAACAUCAUUCAGAGGUGAGCAUUCACUGGUUGGGGGGCCUGGUUUCUCAAGGGUAGUCUAUUGCAAUGACCCUGAAGCCUAUGAGGCCCUUCCCGUGAAAUAUACCGGCAACCAUGUUAGAACCACUAAGUAUACAAUUGCUACUUUCCUCCCAAAAUCAUUGUUUGAGCAAUUCAGGAGGGCUGCCAAUGUUUAUUUCCUCCUCUGUGCAAUACUGUCUUUCACACCAUUGUCUCCUUACUCAGCUGUCAGUACUGUUCUACCGUUAGUAGUUGUGAUUGGAGCCACAAUGGGGAAGGAGAUUGUUGAAGAUUGGAGGCGGAAGAGGCAGGAUAUUGAAAUGAAUAACAGAAAAGUUAAAGCGCAUCGUGGUGGCAUCUUUUAUGAUACUAGAUGGAUGGAUUUGAAAGUUGGAGACAUAGUAAAGGUGGAGAGGGAUGAAUUUUUUCCUGCAGACCUCAUCUUGCUUUCAUCAAGUUAUGAGGAUGCAAUAUGCUAUGUUGAGACUACAAACCUUGAUGGGGAAACCAAUUUGAAAUUAAAACAAGGAUUGGAAGCAACUUCAAGUUUUCAAGAUGACUUCAGAUUCCAGAAUUUCAAGGCUCUGGUUAGAUGUGAAGAUCCAAAUGCAAAUUUAUACUCUUUUAUUGGCAGUUUGGAACUUGGAGAAGAACAAUAUCCUCUUUCUCCUCAGCAACUUCUGCUAAGAGACUCCAAACUUAGAAACACAGACUAUAUUUUUGGUGUAGUUGUCUUUACAGGUCAUGACACAAAAGUCAUGCAAAAUUCAACACCGCCUCCUUCCAAGAGAAGCAAGAUUGAGAGGCGGACAGAUAAGAUUGUGUACUUUCUGUUUGCUGUCUUAGUUCUGAUGUCUCUUAUUGGGUCAAUCAUUUUUGGAAUUGACACUAGCAAGGAUCUGGGGAACGGAUGGAUGACCAGAUGGUACCUUAGACCAGAUGAUACUACAAUUUACUAUGACCCCAAAAGAGCAGGAAUUGCAGCAAUCUUGCAAUUUUUGACUGAUCUCAUGCUGUAUUCAUAUUUGAUUCCCAUUUCCUUGUAUGUGUCUAUAGAAAUUGUCAAGGUUCUCCAGAGUGUUUUCAUCAAUCAAGAUGUGCAAAUGUACUAUGAAGAAGCUGAUAAACCAGCACAUGCCCGUACCUCAAAUCUAAAUGAAGAACUUGGUGAGGUUGACACUAUUCUUUCAGAUAAAACAGGAACAUUGACUUGCAACUCCAUGGAAUUUAUCAAGUGUUCCAUUGCUGGAAUAUCUUAUGGCUGCGGUGUAACUGAAGUUGAGAAAGCUCUAGCCACAAGAAAAGGUUCAUCUUUAUCUCAAGAGGUGACAGAAAUAGAGGGCCAUCUAGAAGAGGCUAAGGAAGAGAAACCAUCUGUUAAGGGGUUCAACUUUGUGGAUGAAAGAAUCAUGAAUGGUAGUUGGAUCAAUGAACCUCAUGCAGAUGUAAUCCAGAAUUUCCUACGUUUAUUGGCUAUCUGUCACACUGCAAUACCUGAAAUUGAUGAAGAAACUGGAAGAACUUCAUAUGAAGCUGAAUCACCAGAUGAGGCAGCAUUUGUGAUAGCAGCUAGAGAACUUGGAUUUGAGUUUUAUGAAAGGACACAAAAAAGCAUUUCACUGCAUGAGUUAGAUCCAGUAUCUGGAAAAACAAUUGACAGUUCUUAUAAACUAUUGAAUGUCUUGGAGUUUAGUAGCUCAAGAAAGCGGAUGUCUGUGAUUGUAAGGACAGAAGAGGGAAAGUUGCUACUACUUUGUAAAGGUGCUGACAGUGUCAUGUUUGAAAGACUUGCAAAGCAUGGACAAGAGUUUGCAGAGCAGACCAAGGUGCAUAUCAAUGAGUAUGCUGAUGCUGGUUUGAGGACUAUGGUACUUGCAUACCGUGAAAUAGAUGAGGAAGAAUAUGUUGCAUUCAAUGAAGAGUUCACACAGGCCAAGAAUUCAGUGAGUGCAGAUCGUGAUGAAAUGGUUGAGUCAGUGGCAGAAAAGAUUGAGAAGGAUUUGAUUCUUCUCGGGAGUACAGCUGUUGAAGACAAACUUCAGAGUGGGGUUCCUGAAUGCAUUGACAAGCUUGCACAAGCUGGAAUCAAAAUCUGGGUUUUGACUGGAGACAAGAUGGAGACAGCAAUCAACAUUGGCUAUGCAUGUAGUUUGCUUAGACAAGGCAUGAAGCAAAUACUAAUCAACUCAGAGACACCAGAAAACAAGGCAUUUGAAAAAUCAGGGGAAAGUUCUGCUGCUGCUGAGGCAUUUAAGGCAAGUGUUAUUCGUCAGAUAAACGAGGGUAAAGAGCUGCUUGCUGCUUCAAAUGAAAGUUUGGAAGCAUUGGCUUUGAUCAUUGAUGGAAAGUCACUCACUCAUGCCCUAGAAGAUGAUGUCAAAGACAUUUUCCUGGAACUUGCAAUUGGCUGUGCAUCUGUUAUUUGCUGUCGUUCAUCUCCCAAACAGAAAGCACUAGUUACAAGAUUGGUCAAGAUUAAAACAGGAAUGACAACUCUAGCGAUUGGUGAUGGGGCAAAUGACGUUGGGAUGCUUCAAGAAGCAGAUAUUGGAAUUGGUAUCAGUGGUGUGGAGGGAAUGCAGGCAGUGAUGUCGAGUGAUAUUGCAAUUGCCCAGUUCCGGUUUUUGGAGCGCUUGCUUCUUGUGCAUGGACAUUGGUGUUACAGAAGGAUGUCAACAAUGAUAUCCUAUUUCUUCUACAAGAAUAUUGCAUUUGGUUUUACUCUCUUCUUCUUUGAGGCGUAUGCAUCGUUCUCAGGACAAACUGAAUACAAUGACUGGUAUCUGUCAUUCUAUAAUGUCUUCUUCACCUCACUUCCCGUGAUAGCUCUUGGAGUUUUCGACCAAGAUGUCUCUGCUCAAUUGUGUCUGAAGUUUCCUCUAUUAUACCAAGAAGGUGUGCAGAACCUCCUCUUUAGUUGGUCUAGAAUCCUCGGAUGGGCAUUAAACGGGGUACUGAGUGCUACUGUCAUCUUCUUCUUCUGCAUCCAAGCAAUGGAGUAUCAAACCUUUCGUAAAGGUGGUGAAAUUGUUGGCCUGGAAACCCUCGGGACUGCCAUGUAUACAUGUGUGGUGUGGGUGGUUAACUGCCAAAUGGCACUAUCCAUCAAUUACUUCACAUACAUACAACAUCUCUUCAUUUGGGCUAGCAUCAUAUUCUGGUACAUCUUCCUCUUGGCCUAUGGAGCCAUGGACCCUUACAUAUCAACAACUGCCUACCAGGUUUUCAUUGAGGCAUGUGCACCUGCACCAUCUUUCUGGCUCCUCACCCUCUUUGUGCUGAUCUCCUCGCUGCUACCAUACUUCCUGUACUCAGCCAUUCAAAUGCGGUUUUUCCCCCUGCAUCACCAGAUGAUACAGUGGAUACUAGCCGAUGGUCAAUCAGAUGAUCCUGAGUUCUGUGCGAUGGUGCGGCAGAGAUCCCUGCGCCCCACAACAGUAGGUUUCACUGCACGUUUUGAAUCAAAAUCCCAACACUCAAGGGAGCAGCUUGAGUAUCUUUAACAAUCAUCCUUUUUUAUCAUUUUCUCGAGAUUUUUAACAAACGGUAGCUCCAAGCCUGGAAGAGUAUGCAUUUCAAUCUUUUUCCUUCCUUCGGUGGCAUAAAAUGCUAGAUUUAUUCAAGCCAUAUCAAAUUUCUAUUCCCAUUGUUUUGUAAUUUACUUUAUACGUAUACGAAUGUACACAUAAACAUCAUCAAUUUUGGAGGUUCUUUUGAUUUUUCUCUGAAAAACCAAUGGCAAUUCUAUUGUUUAAUACAAGCAUGAUAACGUG